GGCGCCUUUGUUUAAUUCACAUAUUCCCGGACUGGUCAUACUGUUUGCCACUGUAAAGGCGAAUAAAUAAAAUAAAUUAAUUUGGACAAAUGGGAGGAUCAAGCUAUGAUGUGCUGCGCAAACAGGCGCGAAGCCUGGAAAACGAAAUAGACCUAAAGCUUGUGGCAUUCAGCAAAAUUGGAGCAGGUAGCGGUAGCGGAGGAAGCGGUGCAUUGGGAGGCGGUGUUGACACAUCACCGCUGCUGGGCGAGCAUGUCUUUGACUCGCUUUCCGAGGAGAUCGAACAAAUGCUGGAGAAGUUAUCCUCCCUGAACGAAUCAAUGUCGGACCUGCCUGCCACGGGGGCCGCCGCCAUGCACACGCUGCAGCGGCACAGGGAAAUCCUGCAGGGCUAUCGCCAGGAGUUCAACAAAAUUUGCGCCAACCACACAAUGAGAAUCGAGCGCGAGGAGCUGCUUCGCGGCUCUGGACUGGCUACUAGCUCCGGCAGUCCCUCUAUCUCAGGCUUAAGCCGGCGGGAGAUGUAUCUGAAGGAGAGCGGUCAUCUGAGUAGUGCCAGCCAUUUGGUGAAUGACCAGAUCAACAUUGCUAUCGAGACACGAGAUCACCUGCAUGCACAACGUCAGGCCUUCAAGCGGUUGCAGACUCGCUUCAACGACAUCUCGAAUCGGUUCCCACUGAUUUCCAGUCUUAUUCAGCGCAUAAACAUUAAGAAGCGACGCGAUUCGCUCAUCCUGGGCGCGGUGAUUGGGUUCUGCGUAAUCCUGCUGCUUCUCUACGCCUUCAACUAGUUUCUCUCCAGCCUUCGGCCAAAGAUAGAGCUUGUAUCCAACUCCAGUACGGACAUCUACUAUUUUCGUUUGUUUUCUCCAACGGUAUAUGUGUAUGAUUAACUUGUGAUAGCAAUAAAAUGUAUUAUAUAAGACGUA